AUGUCACAAAGCGAUGUGGCUAGGCACGAGGGGUGCCGAAGGCAACACAAAGCUCGCAUAUCGCAAGGCAAUGUGGCUAAGCACGAGGGUGCUGAAGAUAACACAGCUUGCGUGUCACAGAGCGAUGUGGUUAGGCACGAAGGUUCUGAAGGCAACACAAAGUUUGCGUGUCACAAAGCGAUGUGGCUAGGCACGACGGGUGCCGAAGGCAACACAAAGCUCGCAUGUCGCAAGGCAAUGUGGCUAGGCAUGAGGGGUGCCGAAGGCAACACAAAGCUUGCAUCGGAUGGCGGCGGGGUGCCGAAGGAAACGUGCGCACCAAAUGAUGAUGAGGUGCCGAAGGGCACUGAAGAAUGGGAGAACGACAGAAGCCUUUUGUGUCAGUUCCCACAGACGGCGCCAAACUGUUGA